AUGGCGACCGGCUCCAACGACGACAUGUUCCCGUGUCGCCUCUGCUCCCUCGGCUGCUCGCCCACACCUGCUCGUCAGACCCGGCUUCCGGCGUCCGACGGCCACGGCUGCACAGGCCAGCUCGGCGAUGCAUGCAACGGCGGCCCGGCCAUGGGCAUGCGGGACGAGCACCCGUACGGUCCGUGGCCGCAUCGUCGUCAUGGAAUACUCGUCGCCGUCGGUGGCGGUCCGGCAAGCGCUGGGGGGACGGGGAAGCCGCCGCCGGCCGACGGACCAACACCGGUCCGCGGCCUGCUCGCGGGCGGAAAGGAGGCGACGAGGCGAGGCGGCGAACCGCCAACAGGCGAGCGAGCACCGAAACAGGCCGACGUCGAAUGA